ACGAUCUGAACCUUUAACCGGAAGCUAAACAAGGUUCCGGAAGCAUUUCGCUGCAGGAGUUCAACUGACAUUUGUUGUCAUCGGCCCUUCUCGCUGUCAUAUAGUAAAUAUUUCACCGGAGGUAGGACGAAGGCGCGGAUGAAUGGCAAUGAUGGCAGUGAGAGCAGCGGCCUCGGCUGCGGGAACCCCGGCGUCUAUGUCCCGCUUCAGGGGAGCGCUGGUGGCGGCUGUGCUGGGAGACUGCGUCGGUGGAGAGUUUGAAGGAGCGGAGGAGGUUCCAAUGGAGACCGUACUGCAGCACCUGAACGGCCUGGAAGAUGAAACUAAAGGAAACUGCGUCCUUGAAUACAGUGAUGACACUGCGAUGACGCGUUGUGUGGUCCAGUCUCUUCUGAACCGGUCUGGAUACGAUCAGCAGGACUUGGCCCGCAGGUUUGCGAAGGAGUACAGUGCCUCCCCUGGCCGAGGUUAUGGUUCUGGAGUGAUCCAGGUGUUGAAGAAACUUGCCUCCCCCCAGCUUGUUGACGUUUACCAACCAGCAAGGGAUCAGUUUAACGGUCGGGGCUCGUUUGGAAAUGGCGGGGCAAUGAGAGCAGCCCCCUUCGCGCUGGCUUUUCCUAAUUUGCCUGAUGUUAAACGGUUUGCCUGUCUUGGUGCCAUGCUGACACACUCCUGCUCUCUGGGUUAUAAUGGAGCUGUCCUGCAGGCAAUGGCUGUUCAUCUGUCCCUCCAGGGGGCGCUCUGCCUGCCUCAGCAGUUCAUAAGUAGGCUGAUAACAGAGAUGGAAGAAGUGGAGGGCGAGGAGGAGGCUCUUCGUGAUGCCAGAAUCCUAAAAGAAGCAGAAAAACCAUUCUGUGAGCGUCUCCACAGAGUCAGAGACUUGAUGGACAGAAAUAAAGUGAGCAUAGAGGAAGUCAUUUCUGAACUCGGAAACGGUAUCGCAGCUCUACACUCUGUCCCCACUGCCAUCUUCUGCGUCCUCCACUGCCUUCAGCCACGGGACUACCUUCCAGAGAGCUACGGAGGCCUGGAGAGGACAAUAGCGUACAGUUUGGCCCUGGGAGGUGACACAGACACCAUAGCCUGCAUGGCCGGGGCCAUCGCUGGGGCCCACUACGGAGUCGAGGCCGUUCCUCAGAGGUGGAUGAGGUGCUGUGAGGGGGCGGAGGACGCUGACAUGAAUGCAGCGCGGCUUCAUGCGCUUUACCACCAGACGUCACAAGGGAGCAGAAGUAAGUCAGAGAGCUGUGAGGACAAAUCGGAGUCAAAUGGGACUGAGAAGAAAAAGGACUGAUGUCAUCAAAGACGAUUUCACUGUGUUUGGAUCCAGCCAGUGUUGAGAACUGCUAAGUUGGUGUAGAGAAGUGCUUGUUUUUAAAACUGUCCACUUGUGGUUUGUCAAGUGACUGAAUAUAAAGGUGAGCAAGGUCAUAUAGAAACUGGACGUCCAUAUCGUAAGCUCACCUGUUUUAUGCUGAAUAAUUUUUUGUCACUACAAAUUGUCCAUCAAUGUUUUUUCUCCUUUAGACGAUUAGUAAACCUUUAAAAACCCUAAAUCUUUGAGUGUUUGAUUUGAGCCAACUAGAAAUUGCGUUUUACCUAAAAAUCAACAUAACUCAAUGUAGUUAUUUAACGCCACAUUAGUAAUAACGUCAGCUGUGACAGAGCUAGACUCCCAAUUUAAACCCAUACAGUAUCUGAGUCUUAUUUUGAAACUCCAAGUUAAAACCUCUUCCUUUUAUGCCAUUUAGAAAAAUGGAAGAACUUGCUAUGCUGCUGAAGAUUUACUCAGCUGCUGAAUUUACACAGGCUUUAGUCAUGAUGGAUCGAUAUGAGACAGAAAGACCUACUGAGAAGCUAAAGAAAAAUGGAGCAAGUGGUUGCUAUGGUGAUUCCCGCUAUUUCUGUGACGCAGGCCACCAUUCUUUUCAUCAGAGAGGCAGACAGGAAGAUGGCCCUCAAUCUAACUGCAGCUGUGGGAAAACUAUAAAUUGCAUCCAACAAAUUUAAUUGUAGGUUGAAACAGUUGAGGGCUAAAUGGUUAAUUUUAUCUUUCUUCACCGUUUUAUGAUGGAGAUUAAAGAGACUUUAGAUCCCACUCUGAAAGAAAAAUUCAAAGGUGGUACAGAGUGAAAUGUGCGCUCUGUGGCAAUUUAACAGAAAACUAUAAGGCCUUCUGCAGAUGAAUAUGAAGAUAAAUCUGGGCAAGAAAGUAGAGUCAAAAUGUUUUUGAAAAUGUCCAUAAAAAGUGAGUGUUAUUUCAUUGUACUCUAACAGCCAUUCUGCAGCAAAAUCUGAAAAUUUGUACACUUGUACAAAUUAAAAGUCGUUCAAAUGGACAUACA